CAAUUCCUGGCUCAGAUGGUCAGGAUGUUGGAGCCUUGGCUUGGCCUGCCUCAGCGAGCAGCUCAUUUCACCUCCAAUCUCAAUUUUCAUCUCAGAUUCUCACUCAGAGUCUUUUUCCUUUUCCAUUUUCAGCCUUCGGUCUCGGUCGCGUAGUCGCCUUGCAUCCACCUCACCUCUUCCGACCUCCCCGACACGGCCACUUAUUGCACACCUUCUUCUUACGGAGGAGGCUUGAAUAACACGAGGGCCUCCGGGCGGGUAUCGAGACUGAGGCACAAGCAUGUCUCUCGUCUUGCAAUGAGUCCCGUUCACACGUGUAGAAAACGUGACGGUUGAGUUUGGACCAGAAUAAACGUACUAUUUAUGGCCAGCGGUAGAGAUACUUGAUACACGCCAGUCCACAUGUAUUUUAAGCCGUGGUCCACUCUCGUUUUAACCAAACGUUCAAACGCCCAAACGGUCUCGCUUGUCAUCCCCAGGAUCCACACCGCUGAUCCACUCGUUCAUGCUUCGACAUCAAACUCGCUCGCUCGCUUCUGCCCGUGCCGGCUCCAGUGAGGGAAAGGGGGCAAGCGACCUUGAUCUCUUUUCCCCAAGGCCACCGUCUUGGGCAGUAAGGACGACGAUAGCAACCUGCUGUAGAGUGACCAGAGGGCACACUACUAUAUGCAGCGAUGAGCAGGAAGGGGUAUGGUUGGGGCUGUGGUGUAUGGGCAGCUGUGGUUACUGGUCGCAAUUCAUGCCUCUGCCGCCCCCAUUGGAGAAGAGGUCCACUUCAUUUUCCAGCGUCACCGAUCCUAGCCAGGGGGAAAGUCAAAACAGCCUGUUUGGCCUGGGUCACCGUUAAGUGAAUUCUGCCCCACGGUCUAUGCAGCCGGGGAUCACAGGAGGGGGCGGCUCAGGGGAAAAAGAGGGCAACAGAGGAGAGGGAGGCAAAAACGGUCGUGUUAAGCUUCUUUUUGGUCGCACAAGAGGCGCCGCCCUUGUGCUGGCCGGAAUUCAUCGAAUGCCAGGGAUCGCGCCGACGGCAGAAGCGAGCGAUGGACGGGCGACGAGAUCGUUAAGGCUUCUUCCCCCGGGCCCCAGUGGCCCCCCCUCCCCUCCCCUCUCCCCAGGCCCCGUUAAAAGGCCCGUACGCCGCACAGCCAAGAACCUUGGGGAGGGUGCUGCGGGAAAAUAGUGACCAGCAAGGAACCAGGUAAUGCAGCGCGCAAAGCAUGCGGGUUCGAGGUCGCUUCGUGGUCGCUUCUUGUCAGUUGCUCACAGCAGAACAGCAGCAGAAGCGCGCAUUUGCAGCUUCCCACACUCCCCUGCGCGCAGGCCAGAAAAGCACAGGCCCACCAAUCUACAGAGAGACGUAUCGUUGAAUUUCUCGAGAGCAGCCACACACCCAACAACAGGCAGGUCCAUCAGUCGACGCAGGAAACCCGGCCCAGGGUCGCGUUCAUCCCCUGGUCGCUUUUUUUUAGGGUCAGGAAUCGUGGCUCCAUAAAAAAAUCUAAUUAAAUUCCCAGCAUGGCUCAAUCCCCCGAGUCACCCCAGUUGCGACUGCAGUCGUCUCUGGAUUCGAAUCCCGUAAAGCCGCGCGUGCUGCCAAAUAUCAACACGCUCGACGAGCACCUCCAGUCCCUACCGACCCAACCAUCAUCCCAACAGCUGCCCCAGCUGUCACAAUCCUCACGACCCUCAGAGCCCUCACAGCCCUCACAGCCCUCACAGCCCUCACAGCCCUCACAACACCACCACCCGCGCUUUUGGACACCACCACCGCCGACACAAUCACAAGCACAGGCACAGACACAGGCACAGGCACCACCGCCGUCCCAGACGUCACAGCCUGCCAGUCUGCCAGAGAGCACCAGUGCCGCCACUAGCUCCAGCACCACCAACGGCGGAGGACGCGGCGGUGAGAAGGACGCAGCCGAUGAGAGCUCGACCGUGAAACAUAGUAACACCUACCAUCACGCGCCGGGAGCCAGCCCUGCCGCUGCCGCUGCCGUUGCCGUCGGUGCAGCAGAGAAUUCGAUGCACCAAGUUCGGGGCAGUCAGUACGAGGCGCGAUACAACGGCGACGCGCCAAUGUUGACCGCGUCCAUGAUGUCCAACUCGCAGCCACUCCCCGGGCCUCCCCGCCAACCCGUCAGCUAUGCCGGCUCGAUGCCCUACCAUCCCGACAGCCUACCGCCGACAUCGCACUACCCGUAUCCGCCGCAGGCCGUUCCGCCUGCCGAUCCUUACCGACCGACGCCAACGUCCCUUCCCAGCAUGCGAACCCUCGAUCACGGACACGGGCACGGGCACGGACACGGACACGGGCAGCCACAGCCGCCACCACAGCACCAGCACCAGCAGCACGGUAUGGCGCUGGGUGGCCACAUGGUAGCCCCAGUGGCCCCGGGCCCGUCAAGCUUGGGAUAUCACUAUGUCCACCCACAUGUUUAUGGUCUUCCCGACCCCUCUGCCGCCGGCAUGCGCUUCGCGAUCGCGCCUGGCCUGGCAGCCGACCCGCGCAUAGCCAUGAGCGGAGGCAGACACAAAAAGGAGAUCAAGCGACGAACGAAAACCGGCUGUUUGACAUGUCGCAAGCGCAGAAUCAAGUGCGACGAGGGACAUCCGACGUGCAACAAUUGCAAAAAGUCGAAGCGCGAGUGCCUGGGCUACGAUCCCAUCUUCAAGCAGCAACCGGGCCCAAGCGCCAUCCAGCCUGCCCCGAACAACCAGCAGCAACCCUCGACACCGUCCACGCUCGCGUCCCCCGCCCCGACUGUCCUGUCGUCCUCCACCACGCACGUCUACCCUCCCCCGACCGCGACGACAGCCACAUACCCGCCCCCGCCCGCUCCAAGUGUUGCAUUUGACUCCCCUGCAUCCGCAACCCCGCAGAGCAUCAAGGCCGACCAAGCAUACGACUACUCGGCGGCUAUCGACCCCGCUCUCCAAGCUGCGGAAGCCUCAAGCACGCCUGCAUCUCACUAUCAGCAGCAUAUCAAGACUGAGGGGGGCACAUCCCACACCGUUGGUGACAAGAACAAUUUGAGAGGUGGCACCCCAUCCUCCCCUUCCACCCUGCCUGCGCUUGCGCAGACUCAUUCGCGGGAGAUCAUGUCGGCUCAUACAAGUUUCCCAGCAAAGAAGAUGAAGGUCGAUGAGCUGAUAGCACUUGGGGGCGCCUUCCCCCCAGCCCCCAGCUCGCCCCCGUCCCCCGAAACUAUCGACGAGAUGACCAAGCUGUACUACGAGGUCUACGUUCCAGGUCUGACGCUCUUUUUCGAGACGCAAUGGUAUGAUAUCGCAAAGGACCGGAUCGCGACGGUUCUCUCUGCCGCCACGCUCCCCCACGGCCAACCGCUCGUUUCUCUUUUCGCUUCCUUUGUCGACUCCAUCUCCAAAAUCCACGGCACCGACCCGAGCAAUAUGGUAGCCUCGGGCCAUCUUGAAACGUGUGUGAUUUGGGCACUCGCUCGGCUGCCGCUGCUGCCCUCUUUGAAUACUGCCCACCCACCUUCAGCAUCAAACGCUCCUGGGCGGGAUUCGAACGAGGCAUGCGGUCGUCUACGUGUCUUCGAGACGCUCAUCUCCGGAGAAACGCUAGAGAGCAAUCCUUUGACACCACCGGCAGCCAGCAUGAGCCCAUCACAAAGGAGCGAGCUGGAAUUUUGGUUUCAUCUGGCCCAGUACCUUUUGCACACGCAUGCCCCAUCUUCUGGAUCUAGUACUCGUGAACAUCUUCUUGGUCUCAUGAGGUCUCUGCUGGAUGGUCGAGAAAAUCGUGAUGUGAUUUACAGCAUUGUGGUGCUCCGCGAGUUUACCCAGCGUUGGGACGCUGGCCCGAACGAGCAAAAUGUGGGAGCGCAUUUGGAAGAAUCGGAUCCGCGCAGCAAGCUCGCAGUUGCCACGCGGUUCAUUCGAGACGAAGCUGCCUCAACGGGCGGGACGACAAAUGUUGUGCGGCGUCUUUCCGAUCUGGCCUAUCGAGCAUUUGUUCGACCUGGUGUCAACGUCAACAGAACCGGCAGGGGUGGUUAG